AUGUUGCAGAGGCCCUUGCUGAGCUUCGCAAGAGACUUGGACGCAAACUAUGAACCAGAGCCCGACAAGGACUUAACUUCAGGCAAGGAAUUUCUGCGCCGCGGCCCGCCUCAUGUUAUGGAAGGUCCUCACAGCUACGCUGUGCUGUGGGCUGCCUGGGUCUCCGGCGCGGAAGGCUUGCGGCUGCUGGACGAGGCUAGGAGACAGGCCGCAGGGGCAAAGAAAGGCGAGAGCGGACCAUCAGCGGCAGGUUUGAAAACGUUUUCGUUGGACAUUCGGAAUGAAACUUUGUCCUUGCAAGAGCACCUGGCAACCUGGGCUGUUGACAUGCCUCUGGCCUUAGCUAUUGGAUGGCCAUCUGCCGCUGUGCUGACUCGAGCAGAGGCUCCAGCACGUCGGGCUCCGCGGUCCUGUCAUGGGAGGAUCCGGGCCUCUGGGCCGGCCGUCUCUGCGCUACUGUUAGGCGCUUUGUGGCCGAGGCGGGUGCCCACCUCGGGAGAUCGAGACAGAGGCGGACUUCGGCAUUGCUUGCUCUGCCGCUGCGCGCCUAAAGGGAGUGACGCACACAGGGAAGGCCUUGUCGUCGACGGUAGCAGCGAGACGCCCGAAGAGGCAAUCCGCCGUCUUAACCACGAGAUCAGCGAGGCGAUCGAAUCGGACGAUGCGGGCAGAGCUGCGCAGGCGCAGCGUGAACUCGGAAAGAUCCACUUGGACAAGCCCUCCGUGGCCUGUCGGCACCUCAUUCGCGAGGACUGCUUCUCGGCGUCGGCAAUGCUCCGCUUAGGAGACAACGUGCCCAUCCGUGCCCGUGUCUUUGCCGUGAAGAAGCUUUCAAGGUGGCUCCGAUGGCCUCAAGCGACGAAGAAGGACCUUGUGCCUGUGGCCACGGCUCUUGCUGGCCUCCUCUUCGCGCUGCAGUCUGAGCCAGAGGUGGCCUGGGCAGCUCAGUGCGCGCUGUUUCACAUAGUUCGAUGCACUGUAGACCAGAUCCAGAAUGUCAGGGAUGCCACUCGAGGCAAAGUCACUCGUUUGCUCCUCGACGGCAAUACGCAGUUCCCAUUCUGCUUGCCGGAGCUGACGGAACGGGCAGCGGAGGCCUACGAGCAGGCCCUGCGGAACUACACCGUUCGCUACUUCUUCACGCAGUUGCAGGCAUUGACCCUUAUCGAUCCCGGCUAUGGGGACAGCUGGGAGACGUACGACCUGGCCCUGCUCGGUGGCUUUGCGAAGCAAUUGGGUAGAAGCCUUCAUAGCUUGCAGAGACUCAAGGUGCUAGGGUUUGAGGACUGCGCUCUGAAACUUAUCUUGCCACAUCUCUGGAUGCCAAGACUCAGGAAUCUUCACAUCCUCGGCUCCUGUCAGCAGAAGCAGUCGCAGAGAGCAAUUCUGACACUGCUCCAGCAGAAUGGCCAGCAGUUGGAGGAGCUAGAGCUGAACCUGUGUACAGAGUUCCUGCACGAGGCACCAGAUCCUUUUUCCAUCAUCGAGCCGCUUCCGAAAGUCAAGCGAUUGACGGUUCGUGCACCCACCUUGGCUCCCUGGGAUCACUUUGGCGAGAAGUGCCCCUCGCUCGAGGAGCUGACCUUUGUCUAUGACCAAGACUUCGCUUUGAAUCUGGCACAGGUGCUGGAGGACAUCGAGUCCUUGGAAGAGGAGGAAGAGUUUUUGGGCCAGCACACCACGUAUGUCUACAAAGACGCGGCCCGCUUCGCCAUGCGACUCCAUGCGCUGGGGUUUCGGUGCCUUGCGGAGACCUGUCCGAACCUGAAGGUGAUCCGGUUUUCCUUGUGGGACAACUCCUUCGGGACUGACACGCCCGCGCCCAGUGAGGAGCAGCCUCUGACGGUGACGUGGAGGCGCAGCGACAAUCCAUCGAAGCUUAGAACAAGGCCGUUUGGUCGGUGUUGUGCGGCGAACAACGCCACGCGAUCGGAGCUAAAGGAUCGUGCAGAAGUGCCCCUGGACCCAGAGCGCUUCGCCAGCACCGAGGAAAUCAGAGAGAUCACGGAGGAGGAGGCCAUGGCUGCAUCUGCCAAAGUAAUGCUGCAGGUCGUCCGGUGGUUUGACGACCCCAGCCUCGAAGCGGAGCUUGGUCUCCACCUGUAG